ACAAAACAUAACUGUGUGAACACCACCUGGAAUCCUAAAAAAUGCACAGUUUGGAACGGACCGGGAAUGUUCUGCGUGAACAAAACCUUAAACCCAAAGCUCUGCAAAGAUGGGCCGCCAUUAAAACCUAUAGCAGGCCCGAUAAAUGACUCAGAUGAAUUUUUUGGUGAAAAGCCAGGCCCUUCUUAUCCGUUACCCGCUUCACAGAAUGCUCUUUACCUUGUGGGUUACUCCAGGACUCUCAACAAGUCAGAGUACUCAUGCGUGGCUUCUAGCUACAAGGAAAUUGGGGGAGGAUUUAUCCACCGCACACUUCUCCUGAAAAGGGCACCGACACCAGGAGAGUACUGGGACACGCGAAUACCCCUUCAAAUACAAGCUACUAUGUGCUAUAUGACAAUGAAUUUGACUUUAUCCUGUCCGCUGAUAAAGCUCGGUGCAAAGGACCAGUAUCUGAUGCUUCGUCAGACAUGGAACUACAUGCUGCUGACUGAAUUGAUAGAGUUAAAGGAACGACCACUGUGUUCUAUUUGGGCGAAGAAGGACUUUGCAAGAAAAAGUAAGGUGGACGAAUAUACAUUGACAUUAUUUCACGCAAUUUGCAAAGAUGCAGUCUACGACGGGUACCCAGAGUAUUGCCCGAUACUUGUGAAAUAAAACCCAUUUCCUUUAGAGUGA